AUGGCGUCACCGUAUGAGACGCAGAAGAAGCGUCCCCCACCCAUCGAGAUACCUCAAUCGUAUCCGCAACGCCAGAUUCCGGGCCCCAAUGCUUUUGCGAUUGCUGAGCGGGCCGCCGCCGAAGAGCAGCGAAGGCGAGCAGAAGGCGGCCAACAACUACCAGUGUCUUACUCGAGCAGACCAGGUCAUGGCGGUGAGCAACAAUGGGGGGCUUCCGCUGCUGAUGGCCCUUCAAGCCUAGUAGUCUCUUGCUCAAACUCGACGGCUUCCAAGCUAUCGACGAAAGGAAAUCACUCGAACCUGGUUGAUCACGUCCGCAAAUCGCCGCGGAAAUCAGCGUCCGUGACAAGCCGCUAUGAAUCAACAACGCAAUCUAAGUAUAAUGAACGGAGCUAUCCUAGCUUCACAUCUACUCAGAGGCAAUUCUUGGGUCUCCCCGAAGAAGCCACGUCAAGGGCUGAGAUCGAAGCACAGAAAGAGCGCAAGCUUUUCAAACUGAUGGGUCAAGUGCCUGACACGCCAACAGACGGUACUGCGCCUGCGUUGGACAACUAUGUGAGCAUCAACGACCUGAGACCGGGCAGGAUCUCUCAAGUGAGCAAGCAUUCAGAACAAGAGAUCGUCACUCGAAGCCCGAAGAAGAAGAUCUUCGGCGUGAGCAUACCAUUCUCUUCAAGGCCCGUUGUAAGCACUGGACCGACACCGCCGAUGCCCCUGAAAGCGGCCAGGUUGAUGGGAACGAGUCCAUCUGGGAAGAACAGGAAGUUCUCCCCCUUAGCAAGGAUGGCAGCUGGAGUUUCCGUACCGAGAUCGGAUACAUCCAAGUCUCUGCCUUCGAAGUUGUUCAAUCAACCCGUUCGUCACGGCCGUCGACGUAGCCCCGUGCAGUUGUCGCCUAGGGGUCGAACAGGCCGCAGGCCGUCUCCGCCAAAGUCCCCGGCGAAAGCGACCGUUUUCUCACAUGAGCAGACGCUCGAAGCGCUGACAGGCUCCGGAGAGGUUGAGGCUCCACCAAUUCCGCCGCGCAAAGAUUCACUACCUCCGCACAUUCGACAGCUUUUUCCUGAUCUUGAUCGUAAAAUCGAGGCUUUAAAAGCCAUGGAAAACAAAUCUCCUCCGCGCACCGUGAGUCAGCUUCUUCGACCGCCAACACCAGAAACGGAACCGGAGGACUUCCAUGACAGCGGCAUGAAGCUGUUUCUUCCUUCCGUCCUGGAGAUAGAUCCUAUUCCUUCAAAGGGUGGUGGAAGCCCCAGCAAGUACUGUCCUCCGGGUACCGCUGACAAGCCUGGGUUCGUUGAAGGUGAACCACUAUUCUCUGCCCACGGCGUUAUUGCGUACACAACUGAGGAAGACGAGCCGAGUCACAGCGCUCCGCUGAAGUCGCCGGACAACACCCCGCUCUCUGCUGUGCGUGCUGAACAUCGCAGUGCUCCAGCGACUCCGAUCACUGCAACCACCGCCUGGCUCCAUCGGAGGGCACCCCAGGCGGACGGCGCCCCGCCUGACCAACGUUCGCCGAAGCUGGAAUACCUUCUUCCUACUGUUUAUUCGCCACCGAAGCCUGCAGUCCGCAAGAGUGAGGCCCAGCAGACUGAGGAUCCCUUCCAGCCCACCGAUCGACCGAGAUCUGACACUCACACACUUUGUUCUGAGCGUGGAUCAAUCCCGAUUGUCUUCCAGGGCGACGUGAGCGAGAUUGAUCCACAUUCUGCUACAGCGAGGUCGGUUUCACACGCUGCAAGUGCAUCUCCCGUGCUUGCUCCCAAAACGUACGGCGACGUUAGCAGGCCCGAUCCCGCCGCGCGCAUCAUGGAGGAGCUGCGAAUCAAACCUCGCACUGACGGACCUGCGACAGCCCCCACGCAUGGCAUUCUUCAACCUGAGCACUCAUCUUCGCGACUUACAGACAUGCUGAACGGUAUGAGUCCUAGCAGGGCUGACUUUCACGGAUACGACUCGUCAAGUGCGGUCCCUAGUCCGUUGCACAGAACUCCACAGGCUACUCAGGGCGCAAUGGGUCCUCAGCAACCUGCUACCAACGUAUUCAUAUCCAAUACAGGUCGGACUCCAUCCGCAUUUCCUACUGCGCCUGUACCGCCUCCACCGAGGGCCGGGAUACCCCUACAUGACCACUUCUUCAUGACAAACGAGCAUAUCGAUGUGGUCGCCAUGUCUAUAUAUGACUGGGUGUCAAAUUGCAACGAUCAGGCCAGCAAGUCAGCAUCGUCCAAGCACGAGCAGCUCAGGACCACUAUUGAGCAGCGAUUUGAUGACAUUAAGUCGCAGAUCAAUUCUGUCGGUGAGAAGGCCGAUCAUAACGGCAACCAGAGUCACAAUCUCAGCGUUCAGCUGGACAAGCUUCGCGACUUCAUUAAGGCUGAGGUCGUGGAGCCUCUGACUGCGCAGACUGCGAAAAUGAACGCGAUGGACCAUGGCAUCAAGGAGCUCCAUAAGGCGGUGCAGGAUCUACAAUCACAGAGCCAGGCAUCUACAGCUACGUUUCCGUCUCCCCACCAGUCAAAAGAAUCGUUCGUCAAUUCGCGCUCGCAGCCCUCUUUCCCGCCCUUUUACGAUGCCAACGGCCCUGGCAACGGUCCCAUUCCUCCAGUGCCCUCAGGUCCACCUGGCUUUGGGCGUUUCGGGAAUAACACUCAGCUAGGCCGUACAGCCUAUGGUCGCGAGAGUAGGGAGAAUAGCAGCUACGCGUUUCCCAACACCGGCAACCCUUAUCAUUCUGCGGGUACUCCGUUCAUCAAUGCUUACGGAGGAGGGGGGUACCAGCAGCCGAUGAACAACUACCCUUCGGUGCAUGAUCAGCAGGCCUAUGGGUACAACCAAAGCCUGCCAAAGUGA